AAUUUUAUUAGACCACUAAGGUCAACCAAGAUGAAAAUAUUGGAGAGCUCUAGAUGGGUAAAACCAUCUUUCCACUCCUCUUAAACUUGAUGCAUGAAGGCUCCUUUCUUAGCUCAUGCAAUACUUUUCCAAUAAUUUGACCAAAUCAAACAUUAAUAGGUGCCUAUUAUUUUCCUUUUUGUGAACUUGUACAACUGUUAUUUGACUUUAAUAGGUUACCCUAAUGACCAUGCAUGACAUUCCCAUGACUAUUUUUAAUGGUAACUUUUCCCAACCUUUGCCUACAAAAAACCAUAAAAUCGUAUCCUUCCAUAAUCACAAAGAUCGAAUCAAAAUGGCUCUCUCCAAGAUUUCACUAGCCAUUGUUUCAUUUGUGGCCUUGACCAUGGCUCGUCUCUCCCAAGCCCAAAGCUCUCCACAAGACUUCCUUGCUGCUCACAAUGCCGCUAGAGCACAAAUCAGAGUCAAGCCUCUUACAUGGAACAACACUGUAGCCGCCUAUGCCGAAAACUAUGCCAAAUUGAGGAGUGCUGACUGCAACUUGGAACAUUCAAAUGGUCCAUAUGGCGAAAACAUUGCAGAGAGUUCGGGCGAACUUACAGCGGUGCAUGCGGUGAAGCUGUGGGUAGAUGAGAAGCCAAAGUAUUCCUACGGCUUGAAUGCAUGUAUUGGUGAAGCUGCUGGUUGCCUGCAUUACACUCAAGUUGUUUGGCGCAACACUGCUCAAAUCGGCUGUGCUAGAGUUCAAUGCCAGAAUAAAUGGUGGUUUGUCACUUGCAACUAUUAUCCACCGGGAAAUUAUUUGGGUCAACGUCCUUAUUAGGAUGCUUUUCUACCUAGAAAUAUGACGUUCUAGUGUCAAUUGCUUGUGAGCCUUAUGUUUCAUAAUCAUGUUGUGAUUGAUGAAUAUGAAAUAUAUAUAUAUAACUGGCAUCUUCCAUGGAAUGGAAGCUGUUGUUAUUCUUUGAUUAAA